AUCCAUACAGUUUUUGUAGAGUUAUAUGAUUGUCUUACUGUAGAUUUUUCCCUUUUUUUCUUAUAACAAAAAGCUACGGGAUCUUUUUUGAGGUCAGGGUUUCCAUUUGAUGAGAGAAAAACUGCGGAAUUUCAGCUUCUACCACCAACCCAAUUGUGUUUUAUGGAUAAGUUAGGGUUGAGCAAAAGGGGUUAUUUUGAUUUUGCUCUCAAGAACAAAAAAUGGAUUCUAUUAGCAGUAAGUGGUUAUGGUGCUUUUAGGGUUUAUCAUUCUCCUUCAAUUUCCCAGAAACGUAAACAAAUCUCUAAGCUUUUUACUCUUCUUCUCAAUCUCAUCGAAGCUGCUUCUGAUUCUGCUGAAACUGUUAGUGUUAUCUCCAGAGAUCUCACUGUCUUUCUCAGAUCCGAUUCAGAUCAAAUCCCAAAUAGUUUCAAGCAGAUUUCGAAAAUCGCGAAAUCAGAUGAGUUUAAUUCUUCUUUGAUCAGAUUCACUCAAGCUAUGACUGUUGGAUUGAUCCGUGGAAUUGAUGAUGGAUCCGGGUCGGGUUUUACUGAUCGGGUUAUGGAUAAGCUGUUUACUAAAUCCGGGUCGGGUUUUGCUUCGGCGAUUGUUGGUAGCUUUGCCAGAAACUUAGUCGUUGCGUUUUAUUCAUCUUCCAGCGACGGUGAAUCUUCAAUCUUUUCGAAUUCGAAAUUGCUCGACGCGGUUUUCUCUGAUGAUGGGAGGAGAUUGAUCGGCGAUUGCGUUCAGCGUUUCGUGAGUACUGCGGUUUCGGUUUAUCUCGAUAAGACGAGUGAUGUUAACGUUUUCGAUGAUUUAUUCGCCGGUUUAACCAAUCCGAAACACGAAGGGAAGGUUAAGCAAACGCUUGUAACGCUAUGUAAUAACGCGGUUGAAACGUUUGUUAGAGCGUCGCGGAAACCGGUUCAAUUGAACCGAUCAUCGUCAUAUCAAGAUUCAUCUCAAACGCUGACCGUUGGAUUAAGGAAACAGACGACGUGGAUCGAUCGGGUAUCGUCGUCGUUAUCGGUACCGAGUAACCGGAAAUACGUGGUGGAUUUAACCGGGCGGGUAACGUUUGAGACGGUUAGAUCGUUAUUAGAAGUGUUGAUUGAGAGAGCAAAUGGUAAAGUGGAGAGUUAUGUGGAGAAAGUGAGAGAGAGAGGAAAUGAGACAAGGAGAUUUGUGAGAGUUAAAACAUCACUUCUUCAUAGUUUAUGUUUGACUCUGUGUUUACAGAUUGUUGAAGCUCCAUGGAUGCUGACUCCAAGAAACUGAUUUUGGAUUUUCAGGCUAAAAGACAAGAAACACUUUUGUGUUUGGUUUAAUUCUUGGAUUCAUCAAUCAAAUUUGAUGUAAAAU